AUGGAAGUCUCUAGGCGUCAAGGUGUAGACGAUCUGGAUGCCGCCAAUUUGUUUGAAAUAGAUAGGGUGGACUUUGUAGGAACUGACACGUCGUCAACUUUGUUGAAGGCACUUGACGAUCUGCGGAAGAUAGUGGAGAACAUACUGCUGAAUCCCUGGGAGCACAAAACGAGACGUAUACGUGAAGCGAACCCGGUAUACGCACAACACAUCGCAACCAAUCCGCAUCUACUGGCUGUACUUGAGGCUAUUGGCUUUCGCAGUGUCAACGGCUUCGCCGUGUUACAGAUAGUCCACGUGCCGCAGCUUCGCGAAGCAUACAGAUCCAUUAUCGAAGCGCUAAGGGACGAAUAUGGCAUAAAGAUCAAGUCGCUUGAGGGACACUUUUUUGACCCUUUCAAGGCAUACAAACACAGCAGCGACAUUAAGAAAAAUGCCGACGCUGAGAGUUUCGAGUGUCAGGGAUCAGAUUUGACCAGGGAGCAAAUAGAAAAACUCAGAAUGAAGCUGUCGGAAACCCUGACAACAUCGCUGCGGCAAUGGACCCCCCAAAUUUAUUUAGAAAACGUGAAGAAAACGCCUGAAACUGCAAAUGCAACAACUAAUGAUGAUACAUCGGAGCAAAAGCACUCCACCAGCCAUAUAAUGAAGAUUUACAAUGUCGGCAAGUGCGGAGAUUUCGAAUCGGCAUCUCGAAAACAAUUAGAGGCGCUAAAGAACCAAUGCGCGCACUUGGAAGCCAAACAAACGGUAGAACUCAAAAUCAGGCUACCGGCGAACACCGUGCUCACUAUACACCCACCAAUGAAGACACUCGUGGGCACAGUCAAACACGAAAUACAGUCGAUUCUCAUAGAGAGAGUUAAACUAGAUGAUUGGGAACUUGUUGAAAUGCCAAUUAGGCGGGUGUUAAAUGAAAACAAAACCUUAAUACAGCAAGAUAUCAGCCACAAGGUAGUGCUGCAGUUCCGAUACAAAAGUCAGUUGCGAAGUGACAUUAGAUAUAUUUUUGCAGCACUACGCACGACAGACGAACAAAUCGUAACAGAUGAGGCAUUGAAGGAUUAUCUCGCUACUCCAAUGCCUUGUUGA